UUGCGCAGAAACUGUUGAGAAAGAAACGCCUGUUUAAAGGUAAGACAGCUUACUGCGUGUUUAUGGCUGUUCAAUGAGCAUUAGAAGUAAAGUAAAAAAAAAAAAAAAAAACAUUUCCCUCAACCAAAAGACAUGGGGGAGCUGGGGAGCGUGUAACCAAAGUCAAAUUCCAAAAUGGCAAAACAAGGUUCUUACACUCAAAUUAAUUAGAGUUUCUUUUUUAUUUCGUUUAAAUUGUCCAAUACAAGCACAAGGGGCAAAUGCACAGAUGUUUUGGCUAUGCCUUCUUCAUUGUGCAAUUAUUCUACAAUCUCCACUGUGAUCUUCAAAAGCCAAAAAGUCUGCCCAUCCCACCCCCCACCCCUAUUCAUAGAGUCUAUAGUGGACUUUCUAAUAAUGCUAUGGCAGGCAACUAUGCAUUGUCUAAAUAGUUGGAAUGCUUGCACAUAUACUGUUCUUCAGUGGUGCUCCACCUGAUGCUUAAUUGUAAUUUUAUCUCAACUCUGAUGCUUCAUUUCAUUUACAAUAGGCUGUUUUUUUUUCCAAGAAGCCAAGGAUGUGAAUGGAUCCCAACGCUGAAGUUUUGGAUUCUGUCUCUCCAUGGCCUGCUGGGAAAAAAGCUGGACUUGCCCAUUGCAGCCCAUUUAUUCAGCUUGAUUCUUCAUAGCCACUGUUUCUGUGGGAGAAAAAGAACACAACACAGGCGACUGCAGCUGGGAAGGGUUUUGUUUCUCCUCUCUCUCAGACUGUAUGUGCCUCUUCUAGAGGAUUUUGGAGAGGGUUUGACCGAGAGGGUUGAGGAGGCUACAAUAGAGACUCAGAGGCUGGAGGAACCUCUCACUGCAACAGAUGAAUUACAGAGAAAAACAUGUCUGCAGUUUUCCAUUUCUGUAGCUUCUAUCCAUUCUGAGUCCUGGUUUGUCCUCAUAGGUGGGUGAGACCAUCAAGCAUCUCAGAGGAGAUUAUGGGCCUGACUGUCCUGGCUGCUGGGAUGUCCAUCCCAGACGUCAAUACCAGUGGGAGACAUGGUCAUUUCCAGCUCUGCAUGCAGUAACAUCUUUGACAUCACUGUGGGGUGAGCUCCUGUAGUAUGGAAGCAAAGAAUGGCCAUAAUGAUGUGAAUCCUAUAAACAACUAAAUACCUAACUGUGAAAUGUAAUCUCUACUGAAUUCUUAAUCUUAAAGUUUUAGCAGUCUGAUCAAUUACAUUUAGGCUCAAUUGCUCAUCCUCAGUAUCCUUGAUGUUCAGAAUUUCACAACUUGAAUUUAGGAUCUGAAUUCAAGCAAUCAGAUUUUAUGAAAUCUGUGCAAAUGAAUUAUAGACCUGGAGUAUUUAUGAAAGACAAAAACUUAGAUUUUCUGAUAAAUAAUUUGAUUUUUUUUAUUACUAUUAUUAUUUUCAUAGCUGCAAAUACUUAAAUGUUCAGCCCCAAAUGGACAAAUGGAAGAAAGACCAAAUCUAUGAAGGGCAAAAAUGCCCUACAACGUCUUUCUUAAUGGACUUAUUUACUGGAUAUAUGUUUACUGAGAAGAUUAGUUCAACCUCUAGAACCUCUGCAAACUCUAUAAAGUUGUGCUUACUCAAAGGUCUGAAUGCUGUGGAUAUGAAGAACCAAGAUUCAAAAUUAUUGCCCUCUUCCUCUGCAUAACAGCCAACUGGCUUUUGGUCCUUUUUUCCAAAGUGGAAAAAUGCACGGUAUUCAGUCUGAGUUGUUUUUGCCUGGAUUCACAAAAGUGGGAGCGCAGAGGUGGGAAGGAUGCAGUGAUAUCUGUCAGCAAUAAUAAAGAGAAGAAUGCAAAUAAAAUUAAAACUUAAAAUCUGUCUGCACAUCAUUUUGUGGCUUUGUUUUCAGCGAGUUCUGCAGGGUAAGUUGAAACUAAAGAUGUGCUAACAGGGCUGUGAUGAGGACAGAAAUUGUGAAUGUUGUUACAUAAUGAUACUGCAUGCAUUGUGUAGUACACAUUUAAAAUAGCAAAACAGGUGUUCAGUUUUAGUGCAUGGAGGAAGUGACUUUAUCUGCAGUUACUUAUUUCAAUAAAGUAAACAGCUAAAUAGUAUUUUCUACUUUAGAUGCAGCUGCAGGCUUUGAUCCAACUUCUCAAAAAACUGCCUCCUCGGUGUCUGAUGCAAACUUGAUGUUUGAAGUGCUUUCUUAAUUUUAGAUUUAACUGAAGUCUUGGUGCAGAUAGACAACACAUCUUGCUUAAUUUUACUUGCAGAGUAAGUGAUAGAUCUCCCCUUCCCUCCUCUCCUCCAAGCAGUUCCUGCUGGGCGGGGUAGAGAUCAACCAGGACAACAACAUCGUCCUGCUUGAAAUGGAGAUGGCAUCAAUGAGGACGGGGCGGGCUUUCUUGGCUCAUAUCAAUAACAACAUUCCCAGAAGUCUGAGCCUCAUGGUGCAGAUGAUGAACACAUUAAAGGGUCAGAGGACGGGGCCGGGAUGGAAAACACUGUCAGAGUUGUCCCACUGAAAUCUCGAGGUGCAGUCGUACCCUUCAUAGAUGAGGUGGGGUUUUCCAAGCAGUCAAGGAUGUGACAUGUAUCACGCCACUCAAGUUUUGGAUUCUGUCACCCCAUGGUCUGCUGGGGAGAGAGCUGGACUUGCCCUUCACGGCUGCCCAUUUAUGCAGCUUAAUUCACCAUAACCAGUAGCAUCACUGCUUUGGAGGAAAAUGUAUUGCACAAGAAGGAAGCGACUGCAGCUGAGCCGCGUUUUGUUUCUCCUCUCCGGGGUUUUCCUCUGUACCCUCUACCAGCUGACCAUCAGUGCCAGACUGUAUGAGCCUUUGCCAAUGCCUCAGAUUGGAGAGGAUUUUGGAGAGGGUUCAACCGAGGGGGUUGAGGAGGCUCCAGUAGAGACUCAGGGGCUGGAGGAACCUCCCACUGCAGUACAUGAAUUAGAGCCAACAGAUCAAACAACACCAGAGAUGCAUCACUCGGAUACAAAUUCAGAUUUUAAAGAAGCCACGUCUACUGAAUCUCCAUCUUCACCAACCACAAACCGGACUGUUGUGCAUUGCAUCUAUGUGGCUCCUGAGCCUCCACAGGAGACACCCACACCCACUCCAGCUCCUCCUGUAACUACCAUUACUCCAGCUUCUCCUGGUCAAGCUCCACCUGUUAAGGGAGAAUACCCAGUAGAUAUCUUUUCUAUUGAAGACCGCAGACAAGGCUGGGUGAUCCUCCAUGUUUUUGGGAUGAUAUACAUGUUUGUUUCACUUGCAAUUGUUUGUGAUGAGUUCUUUGUUCCUGCGCUGGGGGUAAUCAUAGACAAGUUGAACAUAUCUGACGAUGUGGCAGGAGCUACUUUCAUGGCUGCUGGGGGUUCUGCCCCCGAGCUUUUCACCUCCUUGAUAGGGGUCUUCAUCGCCCACAGCAAUGUGGGCAUUGGCACAAUUGUUGGGUCAGCAGUUUUCAACAUUUUGUUUGUGAUUGGAAUGUGUGCUUUGUUUUCUCGGGAGGUGCUUCAUCUAACCUGGUGGCCACUUUUCAGAGAUGUAUCCUUCUACAUACUUGACCUCAUAUUACUCAUCGUCUGCUUCUUGGAUAAUGUCAUAAUGUGGUGGGAGAGCAUCAUGCUGGUGACCAGUUACACUGUCUACGUGAUUUUCAUGAAGUUCAAUGUGCAAAUAGAGCAGGCCUUCAAAACCCAAAUCUACAAACACAAGAGCAUUGUCAAAAUUAUUACUGUGGAGGAACCUGAAGAGACAAAUGGGGACGAUGAAGAUACUGCCCGUCCUGCUCCAGAGGACAAGAAUCUGUUAAAGUUGAAGCCGUCUCUCCAGCGAGGGGGAAGCUCAGCUUCUUUACACAACAGCACCAUGAGAAACACCAUCUUCCAACUUAUGAUCCACACGUUAGACCCUUUAGGAGAUGGGAAAUUUAAGGAUAAGGCUGAGACUCUGAAUAAUGUGGCUAGACGGAAGGCAGAGAGCAAAACUCAAGACAAAAGUGAAGAUGGUGGGGGAAAAAAUGAGCAAGCCAAAGAGCCAGAGGCUGCCCCAGCUCCAGAAACAGAGAAGAAGGAGCAGACAGAAGACAAGAAGGACGAUGUGCCUGCAGGGGAGGAUGGGUCAGAAUGCUCAGACGACUCUAGCAGUGAUGAAGAUGACAGCGAUGAGUCCAGUGAUGAGUCCAGUGAAGAUGAAGAUGAGGAGGAGGAGGAUGAAGAUGAGGAAGAAGGAGGGGAGAACGAGGAUGAGCCUCUGUCUUUAGCGUGGCCUGACACACCACGUAAACAAGCCACCUACCUCUUCCUGCUGCCCAUAGUCUUCCCUCUGUGGCUCACAGUUCCUGAUGUUCGCAACCAGAAAUCCAGAAAAUUCUUUGUGUUCACCUUCCUGGGCUCUAUUAUAUGGAUUGCUGUCUUCUCCUACCUCAUGGUGUGGUGGGCCCAUCAGGUGGGUGAGACCAUCGGCAUCUCUGAGGAGAUUAUGGGCCUGACUAUCCUGGCUGCAGGGACGUCCAUCCCAGACCUCAUUACUAGUGUGAUUGUGGCACGUAAAGGCCUAGGGGACAUGGCUGUAUCCAGCUCUGUGGGAAGUAACAUCUUCGACAUCACCGUGGGUCUGCCCGUCCCAUGGCUCCUGUACUCGUCCUUCCACGGAUUUGUUCCAGUGGCCGUCAGCAGCAAUGGGCUCUUCUGUGCCAUUGUGCUGCUUUUCCUCAUGCUCCUCUUUGUCAUCAUCUCCAUUGCAUCCUGUAAAUGGAAGAUGAAUAAGGUCCUGGGCUCCACCAUGUUCCUGCUCUACUUUAUCUUCCUGGUGCUUAGUGUGAUGCUGGAAGACCGUCUCAUUAUCUGCCCUGUUUCCAUCUGAGUGUGACAGGAGCCAUCACCACACGCAGAAAGCUACUGUAGUUGCUCUGCAUUGCUGCCAGUGACUUUUGUCUGUCAGCAGCAAUACACAUACUACAUUUUCUAGAACUUGUUACAUACUCACUUUUAGUAACGAUGGCAGCUUUUAAAUUAUUUUUUCCAUUACACAUGGAGAUGCAGAACUACUGUCUAAUAUGAUGUAGAUUGUGCAGUUAUAGCAGUAAGGGACAUUUUUUUCAGAGUUUACAGAAAUUAGAAAUCUAGGAUAGGUGCACAAUUUGGACGAAUUUAUGAGUUUCUAAAUGUGAAUUUUGUACAAUAUGUAAGUAUAUACCUGCGCCAACGACUGUUUUUUUUAACUUUCGAUAUAGAAAACUUGCUUGCUUGAACUACUUCUUUCAUGCACAACAGUUUUUAUAAAAAAAAAGUCAGGCAAAGCAAUAGCACUCACUUUGGAAAAUGAUGAAUGUGACAAUCAUAGAAUAAAUGUGUUUAUUCAUAAAUGAAAGCAAACUAUAGAUCCAGCGAGGGAAAUUUGAUUUCUUUUUUUUUUAUGUAAAAUUCAUACAAAUUAGUAUCUGUGUUACAAAUGAUAAAUAAUACUUCAGAAACAGUUUAAAUUGACAAGUAGUGUAAACAACAUGUAGACAUCAAAUGAUGUUUUGGUCAUCAGUGUUUUGUUUUUUUGUCACUGUUUACAACUUACAAGGUGAUUAAAAUGCAAAUUUACAUGCUGUGAAACUGGUGUUUAUUCCAAGCACACAGCCGUAUCUGAUCCAGCAUCGUAUUGUGAAGUCCAGUGAUCAGCUGAGCAGCUGCAUCGCACUACAAACAGAGUCCAGGCAGGUGUUUGUCAGUUUAAAGUGAAGGACAUUAUUAACACAGUGAACCAUCACACUCAUUUUUUGGGAAGUGGUUUUGAAUUAGGGCAGGUCAGAGCUGUUGUUCAAACUUAACACAUUUGACAAAACAACUUAUGUAUCUUACGUAUUCUAUCAAUCAAAUUUAUUAUAAGUGGUUAAAAUGUACAUUUUAUUAUUAUAACCAAAAGAAUGUCUACAAAAUGUUAAAUCAAAUAUUGUAUAUUUUUAUAGA